CUGAUCCACCAGCACAACCGCUUGUUUUAUAUAACCCAGCAAGCAAGCAUCAUCAUUAUUGUUGAGACGAAAAAACACACCUCUCUAACCCUAAUUAAAAGUUACUUGUUCGUUCCUCUCAUAGGGAGUUGAGGGUUUGCGAUGAGACCUGCCUUGUGAAAACAUAUGUAUGGGCGGUGCUUGCUGCUUCUUCUAUUCUCUCUCACACUAGUCAAAUCUUGAGCUUUUGGGCUCUUUUGGUUUCAGAGAUUCCAAUUAGGGUUCUUCUUCUACGAAUUGCAGUUUGAUCAAAGAUAUGGAAUCAGAGAGCAAUAAGUUUGGAGGUCCGAGAGAAUUGGGUGGUGCUUUAGAUCUUAUAACACAAUACAAGUUGUUGCCACAUCAUGAGUUCUUCUGCAAGAGGUCACUCCCUGAGUCACUUUCAGAUGCUCAUUACCUUCACAAUCUGGUUGGAGACACAGAGAUUAGAAAAGGAGAAGGGAUGCAAUUGGAUCAGCUUAUUCCCAAUGCUUCACUUGGCCGAGAUACUAGUAAUGCUGCUCGCAUCCAACCUUUUGUUCUUGAUGAACUUAAGGAGGCUUUUGAGCUUAAUGAUACUGCCCCUGUUGAAUUGCCUCCAGCAGAGAAGGGAGCUCCUACCAUUGCGUCUAAAUCUAAAAGCGAGUCAAAAGAUAAGGACAGGAAGCAUAAGAAACAUAGAGACAAGAGCAAGGAGAAAGAUAGGGAACAUAAGAAGCACAAGCACAAGCAUAAAGAUAGGAGCAAAGAUAAGGAUAAAGACAAGGAUCGAGACAGAAAGAAGGAAAAAAGUGGACACCAUGAUAAGAAAAGGAAAAGCGAUGGGGAUGCAGAUCUUGAGGACGUUCAGAGGCACAAAAAGAGUAAGCAUAAGAGCUCAAAGCCUGAUGAAAUGGGAGCGAUGAAGCUUAAUGGCUAAAGCAGUGGACACUCUCAUUUUUGUAUUGCACACCCAAGGACGUGUUAUGGAGAGGUUUAAAACCAGCUACUGAACUCACUGUUGACAAAUUUGUUAGAUAUCGCAUGUUUCUCAUAUGGUAAUGUACGUGAUGACUGAGUAAACAAAGCUAUGAUCUAAGGUGUAUAAGAAGAUAACCUGGCUAGUAACUGUGAAUGCACAAGCGUAUAAUCUCUAAAUAAAUAAAUAAAAGUUCGGAGGGACGAAGGAACUAAAGUUUGCUGGGGAAGAACCACAACUUGUAUUCUAAUUUGAUUUGGUGGCAACUUUGUACAUUUUGUUAUAUGGUUUAUCCAUUCUAGUGACCAUUUUAAUAGUAACGUUUUGAGCUACA